AUGGCUGACCGCAAUCACCCCUCCGCCAAGCCCGCCGCAAGGACGGUGCUCAACCUCGGCAAUCUCCCUCCCAAGAAGCAAGGCUUCGGUGCUGCUGCCCAGUAUGCUCGUACUCCCUCGCGCGUCGACCCCAACAACCCGCCCUGGCCCGCGUACCGUGGCUACCACGAGUUCUCUUUCGCUCACGAAACCAUGGGGAAGCGUCUUCCCACCAUCCUCGGCAAGGCCGUCGACGAUGUCAUCAAGUCGCUCAACGAGCAGUCGGACGAAGAAAAGAUCCUCGACCUCGCCAAGUGCAUCGACCGCAUGCACGUCCUCAUGGAUGAUCUCCACAAGAACGCCAAGCUGCGACCCAUCAUCGACGACGGCGAGGGAGACAUCCCCUUGUGGAACAAGGAGAUCGCGCGCUUCUUCCGCGGCAAGGACUUCAUGAACGCACCCUGGCUCUUCGCCGAGGCCUACAAGUACCGUCGUCUCCAUGAGUGCUUCAGCAUCUCCAAGUACUGGAAGGACUACGAUGUCUUUUUCCGUCAAAAGUGCGACACCUUCUCUCGCUCCGGCACGGCCGUCUUUGAGCUGUCGACCCGCUUUGCCGAGCCGUUCGCCUACGAGGAGGGCGCCAACGAGGAGCAGAAGCUCAAGGCGCGCGAGCUCAUCUUCCACGAACUCACCCAAGUCUGCCUCUGGGGCAACGCCACCGACCUCUCGCUGCUGAUCAACAUGACCGAGGAUGACAUCAAGAACCUCCAAUCCACCGGUGGCGAGCACCUCGCCGCUACGGAGAAGAACAUCCUUGGCAACCACCUCGACCGUCUCUGGAAGCUGGUCAGCAACAUGAAGGGUGGCCGAAUCGACUUUGUUCUCGACAACGCCGGCUUUGAGCUGUAUUGCGACUGCGUCUACGCUGACUGGCUGAUCCAGUCGGGAAUCGCAACGUCGAUCCACUUCCACGGCAAGCGAUUCGCGUGGUUCGUCUCGGACGUAACCCGUAAAGACUGGGACUGGUUGCUCAACUCGAUGCUCUACGGUUCGCUCUUCCCGCAGGCGAGCGAUGCGGAUAUGCAAUCGCUCAAGCAGAUGGGUCUGCGUUGGAAGGAGUACGAACGCAAAGGCCAAUGGAUCUACGAACAGCACCCGUUCUGGUGCACCGGCUAUACGUUCUGGAGCAUCUCGCAGGAGGCGCCCGAUCUGUUCCUCCACCUGGCCGACAGCGAUCUGGUCAUCUUCAAGGGUGAUUUGAACCAUAGGAAGUUGACGUACGAUUGUCAGGCACCGAGCGAUACGCCGUUUGACAUGGCGAUUGGUCCGCUGGCGAGCGAGGACGGCGCCCCGCCCGUGGCCAGUUUGAGGACCAUCAAGUCGGAUGUGGUCGUUGGCGUGCCUGGUGACGUGAGCCAGAAGCUGGACAAUGAGGAGCCUGGUUGGAGGAUCAGUGGCAAGUACGCUGUGGUGCUACUCAGCGACGGUCUGCCGGGCAAACCGGUCAGCUUCAACACGCAGUAA